UUGAGAAUUGUUCAUUAUUACGUUAACUAUAACAUUCUUUUUAAAACGUUCACUUCGUGGUAUACAUAAAGUCUGAUCUUAUAAAAGCUUUUCGGAGACACAAUGCGGAUCCUCGCUUUGAUUUUGGGCGUGAAAGCAGCAUCUAUCCUGCUGGUGUCCUCGCUGCCUGGUACAGGGGCGGUCAACAAUAGCGGCCGAUGGUGGGGGAUCGUAAACGUGGCUUCCUCCGCCAAUCUCCUCACCAAUUCAAAGAGCGUGCAGCUCGUCUUGGACCCGAGCCUGGCGCUGUUGAGCCGCCGUCAGCGGCGCCUCAUUCGGCAGAACCCCGGCAUUCUGCAUGCCAUCGCGGCCGGCUUGCACUCGGCCAUAAAGGAGUGCAAGUGGCAGUUCCGCAACCGCCGCUGGAACUGCCCGACCACCCACAGUCCCACAAUCUUCGGCAAAAUUGUCAACCGCGGUUGCAGGGAAACUGCAUUUGUGUUUGCCAUUACAAGUGCGGGGGUCACUCAUGCGGUUGCCCGUUCCUGCUCAGAGGGGGCUAUUGAGUCCUGCACCUGUGAUUAUCGGCGCCGAGGCCCUGGUGGGCCAGACUGGCACUGGGGCGGCUGUAGCGACAAUGUGGACUUUGGCAGGCUGUUCAGCCGGGAGUUUGUGGACUCCAGUGAGAGGGGUAGAGACCUCCGCUACCUCACAAAUCUGCACAACAAUGAAGCAGGGAGAAUGACCGUGUCCUCAGAGAUGCAGCAGGAGUGUAAAUGUCACGGAAUGUCAGGGUCCUGCACUGUGAGGACCUGCUGGAUGAGGCUUCCCAGCUUCCGGGCGGUGGGAGACUUCCUGAAGGACCGCUUCAACGGAGCCUCACGGGUGGUCUAUGCCAAUAAGGGCAGCAACCGGGCAUCACACCGGGCCGACCCACGGCACCUGCAGCCCGAGAACCCGGCCCACAAACCGCCCUCCGUUCGGGAUCUGGUGUACUUUGAGAAGUCCCCCAACUUCUGCUCGUACAACGGCAAGAUGGGGACCCUGGGUACAUCUGGGCGUAGCUGCAACAGCUCAUCACCCGCACUGGAUGGGUGUGAGCUGCUCUGCUGUGGGCGGGGCUACAGGACACGGACUGAGAGGGUGACGGAAAGGUGCCACUGCACCUUCCAUUGGUGCUGUCAUGUCAGCUGCCUGAACUGCACCAGUACGCACACACUGCACCAGUGUCUCUAAGUGGGGCUGUGAGACGUGCUGCGUGGCUCGGGGAGGGCAGAUCUGGGGCAGAGGGGACUGAGAAGGUAGGGCAGGUUGGUGUGGAGAAAGACAGAACUUUAAAGGGAGGAGCGAUGGAAUGAGAAGGGUAGCAGAGGAGGAAGCUGGGUGUAAGGGGAGGAGAACAGGAAAGAAGGUAUGUAGGAGUAGAGGGGUGAUAUAGAAAGUGAUUGGGGUUGGAUGAGGCAGCAUUCUGAGGACCAGCACUCAUCAGUUGUGGGGGGGGUCACAUGUCACAGAGCACUCACCUGGCGGGAAGGAGAUAAAUGACAAAACUUCUGAUAGUGGGGGGGGGGGAGCAAUAUGACCCACCCAUCAUUUUUAAUCAAUGUUGUACUUCUUUUGUUCUUUUUUUGUACAAAGCAGAGGUUCCACUUCAAUACGAGUGACAGCAGCAAGAGCGAUAGUGUUGAGGUAUUAUGAAGAAGAAUAAGAUCUAUUGAGAGGGUAUGGAUUUGGAGGACAGAAAGGAACUCAAGGACUUAGCAGCGGUAUCAAAAUCAGAGAAAACCACCAGCAUGUAAAACAGUCAGGAGGACAAGUCUGUAAAAUGUAGCUCUUAGAGUCUUUGUUCCCUCCUUCUUAGGCAUCACAGAAUUUUAAAGGUCCUUCCAUCCUUCCCACGGACACGUCGCCUGACAGAUGUUUUUGUGGCCAAAGAACCGCAAGCAUGGAUUCUCAUAAAAUGUCGAAAAUCUCUUUACGCACAGUGGUUAUUCGCGAACGUCUCUGCAUGUUGUUUUCCUGGACUGCGGAUAGACGUCUCGCAUCAAAAACAUGCGAGAAAAAAAUCAGCGGGUGGCAUAGGCUGCGCUUUCUCGGUUGCUGCGUUAAGCUAUGGGCCUGGGCCAACUACUUAUGAUAUCCUACUUUCAUCUCCCCUCUCAUAUUUUGACUCCGUUGCAAUCUUGUUUGCUUCACCCAUGAUUUUGCCGCAGUUCGCAGUAUGACACAGAUUGGUGACGGUUUUCCCCUUCCGGCAAUUUCUAGAUAAUCUUAGUCUGAUAAGACAAACUAGUGCAAAUAUAGCAAUUAAUGGUUUAAUUAAAAAUUGUGUCUAGGUAUUCUAAUCUGUGUAUGUAUGCAGGGACUAUGACGAGACCAUAUUUGGAAUUCAGUGGUGACAGUUUGUGACGAAGCACGUUGAUCGGACAUUCUUCAGAAGUUUUUCCUUGCCGAUUGCCUCCAUCAUGGUGAAAUAGGUAACAUUUUAUGCUAAGUGUCUCCAGCCGUCCCAGGAUUCCUGUGGGCCGAUGGGUCUGCUGUGAGCCAGGCCGGGGCAGUCCACUCAGCACUUCGUCCCCAGUGGACUGACGUCUGGUGCAAAUGCUUUGCCACCGAAUAGUAUACCAUGCUGCAAAUCAGAGGUAGCUGCAGCUAAGCUCAACAAAGGCGGCAAUCUACCAACAGAACAUCCUGAUCGCGAUUCAUUAAGAGAAAGAUGAUGUGCAUUGUGCUGAUUUGAUAUUUCUGGAUCUGACUGUAUUUCUUGAAACAUUGUUUUGAGCUGGGUGGGGCGGGGUGGGUAAUUCAUUGUUCUGAACUGCAUAUGGUGACUGAGGAACAUUUCAGGUACUUUCAGAUAAUGUUCACAUCACUAGUUCACCUCUGUCACUCUGGAUAUAAUUACCAUUACUGUAUAUAAGAUAUUUAUUAUGAAUGUCUAUAUAGCUAUAGUUGAGAGCAGUGAAAAAAAUAUUUUAGUUAUUUGUUAAACAUUUUCUUACUAAUAGA